UUGAUCCAUUCACGAUUUCUCUCCCGCCCACAACGUGCACAACCCCAAGCUGCCCCCUUCGAUCCGGUCUUCAAAGCGCUUGAUCGUGAUAGGAGCUUUGGGCGGAGAUCCUGGCUCAGCGCACGACGAUGGUCAACCUCGCAAGGCUGGGUCGCAGCAAGGCGAGAAUAGCGCAGUUGAGCCUCGUGCUUCUCGCAGCCAUCCUGCCAUUGGUCCUCUCAGCAGCUCAACCUUUUGUGAGCAAGACGCACUUCUCGUCGCUUCCUGCUCGGAUCAGCUACUUUCCAGAUUCCAGCACGGUGCUCUAUCAUGAUGCGGUGCACGGAACUGUGUACAGGUCGGAGAAUGAGGGAAGGGAUUGGAAGGUUAUCGAAGGUCCCGGUGCGCCUACGAGAGGGCAGGCGGCCAUGCUCGUGGAGCACCCGACCGACCCAAAGAGGGCCUUCAUCCUCACGGCUGGCAAGACGCACCAUCGGACGAUAGAUCGGGGAAACACGUGGCAGAGCUUUGAAGUCCCUCUACCUCCAGCCACUAGAGCAGGAGCUCCCUUGGAAUUCCAUCAAGACAGCUCUUCGGGUGUGGAGAAGAUCAUCUAUGCUGGGAAGAAGUGCUCCGGCUGGACACCCUGGGGUACCGCCACCUGCCAUGACGUCGCCUACUACACGCUCGACGGCUUCGCCUCGCCGGCGAAACCACUCAUCGAGUUCCUUUUGCACUGCAUCUGGGCCAAGGCUACGCCAACCCUCAGUCUUCCCGCUGAACGCCAAGACCGGAUCUACUGCAUUGCUUGGGAAGAUUCUCCAACAGGUGGAGACAUCCAUGUCAGAUCCACCUCCUCGCUCCUUGAUGACCCUCGUCAUCUCCUGCGCUCACGUGGAGAUCAUCGCCUUAGUUCUCGCGCCGUUUCAGGUGCUACGAGGCUGUACUAUUCGGACGAUUUCUUCAAGUCUAGAACCUUGGUUCAGAUGGACAUGGGUCGCGAUGCGAGAAACUUCAUCGGUAUCGGUCCUUCGGGCUCAUACUUGGUGGCGGCCCUGAGGGAUAUUUCGAGCAGUACAGGGGGCAAUGCGGGUGAUCAGAUGGCCCUCUUCGUCUCACGGGAUGGAGAGAGCUGGCACAAGGGCAAAUUCCCCCAUGACGCCGGACUGCAGGAGGGCGCAUACACGAUCGUUGAAGGCACAACUCAUAGUCUCGUGGUCGACGUCUUUGAUCCCGGCUUCGGCACGGGUAGGCUAUUCACCUCAGACUCCGAGGGCAUUCACUUUGUGCAAAGCCUGGACGGCACCAACCGCAACGCUCGCGGCAUCGUCGAUUACGAGCACCUUGAAAAUAUCGAAGGUGCUGCACUUGCCAAUAUUCGCGCGGGCCUGCCCGGUGAACAUAGGGUUCGUACCCGCAUCACUUGGGAUGACGGAAGUCGAUGGGCACCUUUGUCAGCGCCCGACGACAAAUGCAAAGGCCAGAAUCCGGACACGUGUUCUUUGCACCUCUACUCUGCAAGCCGAUUGCACAACAUCGGUCGCGUCUUUUCGUCUACCGUGCCAGGCUUUGUGAUGGGUGUGGGCAGCGUUGGUGACCGACUCUUGCCGUACGAAGAUUGCCAGACCUACCUCAGCACGGACGCUGGUCACACCUGGCGAAAGAUUGCCGACGACGCUCACAAGUACGAACUUGGAGAUGGUGGAUUGCUCGUACAGGUCAAUGAUGAGGAGCCCGUCGACUUUGUCCUCUACUCUUGGAAUCACGGCAAGACUUGGGAUCGACUGAAGCUGCCUGUGCGCAUGCGAGCAAAGAUCCUCACCACGAUUCCCGACAACACUGCGCAAAAAUUCCUGUUGAUUGGAAGCCUUUCGCGCCUCGACGCCGGAACUAAUAGUCGUCACGUCGCGCUGUUUCUCGACUUUGCUGCGCAAAAGAAGCGCAAAUGCGACAAGAAUCGCGACAUGGAGCAGUGGUAUGUGGGCGGCCUGAAUGCAGGAUGCUUGAUGGGGAGGAAACAGUGGUAUCUGCGAAGGAAAGCAGAUGCGGACUGCAUCAUUGGCGACAAGUUUCAUGAUCCUGAGCCUCACAUGAAAUCUUGCGCGUGCACGGACGAAGAUUUCGAGUGCGACUUUGGCUUCGUGCGCGCACCGAAUGGUCAGUGCGUCUCUGAUGGAUCCCCCGAACACAUUCCGGAAGGCGACUGUGUAGGCAGCAAGCAGACCUACAAGGCAUCGUCAGGGUAUCGCAAAAUAGCAGGCAAUACGUGCGAAGGCGGCGUCGCGAAAGAUCAAAAGGUAACGAAGCAAUGCUCGGCUCGCAGACCCGAAAAUGGCCAGGUACUGUCCUCUCGUCACGAAUUUCCUGGCACAGUUGUCGAUCGCGCAUGGUUUGCAGACUCUUCGUACGUGAUCAUGCAAGUGUCCGAUGGCUCAAUUUGGAUUUCGCCCAACGACGGCUACUCGUGGAUGCGGCCAGAGCUGGUCAAGGAUCCUCACGAUCCGGAGCAGCGUUUCUUGACGUUGGCGAUGCAUCUCUACGAAAAGACUUACGCGUACCUCAUCACCAGUGGUCAGCGUUGCCACUACACUUUUGAUGGGGGCAAGACGUGGCACUACUUUACCGCGCCUUUGCCGCCCAACGGACUCGGGAUUCCCAUCUUGCGCUUCCAUCCUGACCGACCAGAUUGGUUGAUCUGGAUCGGUUCAAGAGACUGCAACUCGGUCACUUCGCAGACAUGCCACACUGCGGCCUACUACACCCUGAAUCAAGGCCGCGAUUGGACCUUGCUGGAUCGUUAUGUGCGCAAUUGCGCAUGGGCGAGGUCGCCGAAGUUCCACGUCGACUCGUCCUCGAUUCUGUGCGAGAGCUAUGUUCAAAAGACGGGCAAUCAGCACGGGUUUGGAAACGACAAUCAUCUACAACUCAUUUUGGGCAGCCAGUUCUACACUCGAAAGAAUGUGCUCUUCGAGAACAUCAUUGGUUUUGCGAACUUUGAAGAGUACCUCGUUUUGGCCAAGAUCGACGAUGCCAGGUCCAUGUCCAUCAGCUUGCAAGUUUCGCUGGACGCAAACACUUUUGCCAAGACGCAAUUCCCGCCCAACACCCGCAUCGAUGACCCGCGCGCCUACACCGUGUUGGACUCCGUAACAGACGCAAUCUUCUUGCACGUCACCACGCAUCCCGAACCGAAGUCUGCAUGGGGCAAUCUCUUCAAGAGCAAUUCCAAUGGCACCUACUUUGCGCUCAGCCUGGAGUAUGUCAACCGCAACGCUGCAGGCUUUGCUGACUUUGAAAAAGUCUUUGGUCUGGACGGAAUCGCCCUCGUCAAUGUCGUCAAUAAUCCCGAAGACGCUGCAGUGAAUGGCGUCAAAGCUCUUUCAACGCGCAUCACACAUAAUGAUGGUGGUCGCUGGAAGCCGCUUACACCUCCGAGAGCGGACGUCAAUGGCGCGCCGUACGACUGCCAUCAGGUCGGCUGCAGCCUCCACCUACACGGCUAUACCGAGAGGGACGAUCCCACCACAAUGUUCAGCAGCCCGACCGCUGUUGGUUUGCUGCUUGGGGUAGGAAAUGUAGGCAAGAGCCUGGCGCCUUACGCCGACUCGGACACCUUUAUCUCACGGGACGGCGGCUUCAGUUGGGAAGAAGUACACAAGGAUGCGCACAAGUGGGAGUUUGGCGAUCAAGGCUCGAUCAUCCUGCUGGCAAAUGAUGAGCGACCCACGAACGAGGUGCUGUAUAGUCUGGACGAGGGCAAAAGCUGGCAGAGCUACAAAUUUGGCGAAACCCUUCGCGUUACUGGCAUCUUGACAGUGCCCGAGGACACGCAUAGGAAAUUUGUGCUCCUUGGGAUCAAACAAGGUGUUCAACCUCAGAGCGUUGCGGUACAUCUCGACUUCUCGGCCCUUCAAAGGCGCAAGUGUAAAUUGGAUGCUUCCAAGCCUGAAGCGGACGACUUUGAGUUGUGGAGCCCCAGCGAAGAGAGGGCCGAGCCAUGUCUCUUCGGAAGGCAGACAUUCUACUACCGGAGGCGGGCAAGGGCGGACUGUUUUGUUGGCGAGACGCUCGUCCAGCCGCAUUCGAUCGGCAAGAACUGCAGUUGCACCGCGGCGGACUUUGAGUGCGAGUUCAACCACUAUCUGGACCCGGAAGGUUCUGGCAGGUGCUUGCAGUACCCCGGCACGACGCUGCCACCACCGCACGUCGAAGAGCAGUGUCUCGCCUACGGCAACGAGGACUACUACUUCGAUCGCACCUCGGUCCGCAAGAUUCCUUACUCGAGCUGCAUUGGCGGCGAUCGCCCGGACCGAGGACGGAGGCAUAGCUGCCCAGCAAGCCUUCGUGGCCACGGCUUUUUCUGGUGGUCUACGGUCAUUCUGUCACCCUUUGCUCUGGCAGGCUUGGUCGGCUCUUGGUGGCUCAAACGUCACAGAUCGCGGGGCUACGGCGCCAUCCAUCUGCCAGACGCUCGCGACUAUGUCGACGGCAAGCUUGUGGACACCAUCGCUUCCGUCCCUGCCUUUGUCAUCGGCGUAUCGCAGGCGGUGGCCAUGAAAGCGCUCGACCUGGCCGAAGAGGUGCCAUUCCUUCGACGGUGGAUUUUCGAGAGAGGUCGUCAUACGGGUCCCCGGGGCCGGGGCAGCUAUGGCAACUACAGUCAUCUUGGUACGGACGAAGAUGCUGCCAUCCUCGAGAAUUACGAAGAGGAAGACGCAUCGUGAAGAUUUUGUGGCAAGGCGCACUCUAAAGUAUGAAUUGAAUAUCGUUGUAGAUCGCGAGGGCCCGCAACCGUCAAUGAUAGCCAAGCGGCUUUGAGAC